AUGGAGCCGAGCAACUUCAGAGUUGUGGAAGCAAAGGAGCACGACGCCAGGUCCUCGUCAAACCUGUCUCCAUCAGACUUUCUAGACUCGCUCAUGGGCCGUACAUCCGGCUACGACGCACGAAUCAGACCCAAUUUUAAAGGUCCACCAGUUAAUGUCACCUGCAACAUAUUUAUCAACAGCUUUGGUUCUAUAGCAGAAACAACUAUGGAUUACCGGGUCAACAUCUUUCUGCGGCAAAAGUGGAACGACCCUCGGCUGGCGUACAGCAAAUAUCCAGACUCUUCUUUAGACUUAGACCCCUCCAUGUUGGACUCCAUAUGGAAACCUGAUCUCUUCUUCGCCAACGAGAAGGGGGCCAACUUCCAUGACGUCACCACGGACAACAAGCUGCUCCGGAUCUUUAAGGAUGGCACGGUCCUCUACAGCAUCAGACUGACACUGAUCCUGUCCUGCCCCAUGGAUCUCAAGAACUUUCCCAUGGAUGUCCAAACGUGCACCAUGCAGCUUGAGAGUUUUGGCUACACAAUGAAUGACUUGGUCUUCGAGUGGCUUGAGAAUGGAGCUGUCCAGGUCUCUGAUGGCCUCACUUUGCCUCAGUUCAUCAUGAGAGAGGAGAAGGAGCUCGGAUACUGCACAAAGCAUUACAACACCGGCAAAUUCACCUGUAUAGAAGUGAACUUCCACCUGGAAAGACAGAUGGGCUACUACCUGAUCCAGAUGUACAUCCCGUCGCUGCUGAUAGUCAUCCUCUCCUGGGUGUCUUUCUGGAUCAACAUGGACGCGGCUCCGGCCAGAGUAGCACUGGGCAUCACCACUGUGUUGACAAUGACCACACAAAGCUCCGGCUCCAGGGCUUCUCUUCCAAAGGUCUCCUAUGUAAAAGCCAUUGACAUCUGGAUGGCGGUCUGUCUGCUCUUCGUUUUUGCGGCGCUGCUUGAAUACGCCGGGGUUAAUUUUGUCUCCCGGCAACAGAAAGAGUUUCUUCGUUUGAGGAGAAGACAACGAAGGAGUCAGAAGGAUGACGACAUGCAUGAGGGCCGCUUUAACUUGGCCAGCUACAACACGAGCGUGCCAACCAAAGACAGCUCGGCUCUGAAGAACGCCGCUCCAGCUCCGAACCCCGCUCUGCCGCCCACUCCCAAAGACACAGACGCCAUGAAGAAGAAGUUUGUGGACCGCGCCAAAAGGAUAGACACCAUCUCCAGGGCGGCCUUUCCCCUGGCCUUCCUCAUCUUCAACGUCUUCUACUGGGUCACGUACAAAAUCAUCAGACAUGAAUCAGAAAUAGACUCAUGA